UAGUUUGGGAGGCUGAGGCGGGCGGAUCAUGAGGUCAGGAGUUCGAGACCAGCGUGGCCAACAUGGGGAAACUCUGUCUCUACUAAAAAUACAAGUAGUGGCACAUGACUGUAAUCCCAGCUACUCGAGAGACUGAGGCAGAUCACUUGAACCCGGGAGGCACUGGGAUUACAGGUGUGAACCACCAUGCCCAGCCUAGUUUAAAUUUUUCUUAGUGUGAAUGCAUACAUGCUUUUUACCAACAUUGUUUAAUCUUACCUCAGGAGGAUAAUUUAUAGCACAGAUAAUGUCCCAUUAGGAUUUGAAGAUUGAAGCAGCCAGAACUGUGUCGUGUGAGUGUGUGAGACAUAACAUACACUUGGGUACACAUACUUCGGUAAGUAUGAUUUUGAGUAAUUACAUGUAGUACUCGCGUCGUUCUUUGUAUGCUGGAGUAGGAUGCUUGCUUACGUGGGGAAAGUGAAAAAUCAGUUUGUGAGUAGCGGUGCCAUUUCAGCCUUGUACACCCUCACGUGUACACCAGUGUUCAUGAGCAUGCCCUGUCUUAUGUUUCUGUGUGCCCCUUUCUUGUGUACCCAAUAAGACCCAUGGUGUGCACCUUCAUUUUCGUGCAGCAAAAAGAAAUAGUAAUACAACAAAUAGUAUGAAAUAAGGUAUGGGCUUGGGGGUAGAAAUGCUGUAACAUAAUUUCUUUUUGUACCUGUACUCUGUGACGUAAUUUGGAAGUAUUCAUGUUCAUCCGUCUUUGAAGUGUAAGCACGCAGGGAAUUUUGUUUGGGUGAAUUAACUAGAAACUUCGUAUAGUCACCCUCUCACGUGUUUUGGUGAUACGUUAACUAGAAACUUCCUACAGUCACCCUCUCACAUGUUUUGGUGAUACAUUAACUAGAAACUUCAUACGGUCACCCUCGCGAGUGUUUUGGUGAUAUGUUCACUAGAAACUUCAUACAGUAGCCCUCACAAGUGUUUUGGUGAUUUGAACUUCUGACCACUCUUCUGGAACUUGUGUAAGUCUCCCUGAGGGUUGGCGUGGAUAUUGAGAAUGAUGACACCAUACACUGACGUGGUCUGAGAGUGUUCGUUAAUAAUGAGGCUUUUUGGCAAAAGCAGGGUAUACUUUUCCACCUGGUCCAAAAGUGGCUUCAGGGAAGUGAGAUAGGUGACUGGCUUAGGGGUGUGCCCACUUGUUUGAAAUUCCAGUUGGUUCCAGAGGAGUGGGCACUGGGGCUUCAUUAUGAUUUGACCAGAUCCACAUAGUAGGAAGAGGGAGUGAGAGGUGUACACGGUGUGAGUGUUCAGACAUAACACAGGCAACUCUAGUGCAACACUGAGUAUUUCCUCUCGAAACUCCUGCCAGCGUGGUUAGGAAAGACCCCAGUUCUCUUCAUGGUAACACCUUACUCUAUUCCUUUUAUGGAUGCAGAUAGAGGUCUCAUUGCACAAUAUCACUGUUGAAAUGCUUGUGAAAUAGAGUUUAGUAAAAUUACCUAAGGUUUUUUUUUAACAGUAGUUCAAUGAAAAUCAUUCUGUGGAAGUGUUUAUAAUAAAUAUCAUAUAAUUUUAUAAUACCUAAUUAUAGAAUAAAUAUGACAUAAUUUUGUAAUGUAUUACCUAAUAAAUGACAAUUUGUCAUCUAUAUUAUACAAUAAAUACAAUUUUACAACAGCAUUUUUCCAAAAGCUAUGGAUAGGUCAUUUUCAGAUUAUGGGAUUAUGCAAUGUAUUCCAUGCUUCACUUUAAAUUGUAGUAAAAUUAUAUUUUUUGUGUGUAUAUAUAUUUUUACAUUUUUUCAUAUGUUGCAUCCAAAUUCAAUGUUUACUACAUUUCUACCGGGCGCGGUGGCUCACGCCUAUAAUCCUAGCACUUUGGGAGGCCGAGGGGGUGGAUCACGAGGUCAAGAGAUCGAGACCAUCCUGGUCAACAAAAUGCAACCUUGUCUCUACUAAAAAUACAAAAACUAGCUGGGCAUGGUGGCGCGUGCCUGUAAUCCCAGCUACUCAGGAGGCUGAGGCAGGAGAAUUGCUUGAACCCAGGAGGUGGAGGUUGCGGUGAGCCUAGAUCGUGCCAUUGCACUCCGGCCUGGGUAACGAGCGAAACUCUGUCUCAAAAAAACAAGAAAAAAGAAACAUUUCUUCUCUGUUGCUCUCGUGAAAACGUUACAGGACAAAUAAAUGAGGAUGUUGAUUGGAGACAAAAUUUUGUGACACAAGACAGCAUGGUGGCAUGACCCUGUAGUCCCAGGUACUUGGGAGGCUGACGUGGGAGGAUCACUUGAUCCCAGGAGGUCCAGGCUGCAGUCAGUGAGCUGUGAUUGUGCGACUGCACUCCAGCCUGGGGGACAGAGUGACACCGUCUCAAAGAAUUUGUGACAUGAGUGUCCCAUAAGACAAUGGCAGUUACAGACUAGGUUUAAAAUCAAUAUGAAAAAAUACUUUUACUCUGUUGAAGACUUCAAAUCAUGUGAAGGGAUUCCAGCCCUUUAUUAUUUUCAGAUUUUCUGGAUGUUCUGGCUUUUGGGUUUUUGUUUGCUUGGUUUUUUUUUUUUUUUUCUUUUUUUUUUGGCAUUUCAUAAUAUUGAAUAAUCUUGUCAGUUAUCUACAAAAUGCCUUGAUAGGAAAUAUAUUAAUCCCAUGUAUCAGUGUAGGGUAAUUUCACAUUGUUUGCUGAGUCUUCCAAUACCAGGAUGUUACAUAUGUGUCUAUUGGGUCUUUUUUCAGGAUUUUGUAGUUUUAACAUAAAAGUCCUGUAAGUGUUUUGUUAGACUGACACAUAUUUCUUCAACCAUUUUUACUGUAUUUUUUUUUUUGAGAUGGAGUUUUGCCCUUGUUGCCCAGGCUGGAAUGCAGUGGUACGAUCUUGGCGCACCGCAACCUUUACCUCCUGGGUUCAAGCAAUUCUGCUUCAGCCUCCCGAGUACCUGGGACUAUAGGCACGCGCCACCAUGCCCAGCUAAUUUUUGUAUUUUUAGUAGAGACGGGGUUUCAUUUUGUUGCCCAGGCUGGAAUGCAGUGGUUCGAUCUUGGCACACUAAAAUCUCCGCCUCCCAGGUUCAAGCAAUUCUCCAGCCUCAGCCUCCCAAGUAACUGAGAUUACAGGCACCCAAUACCAGGCCCUGUUCAUUUUUUGUACUUUUAGUAAGAGACUAAUUUUCACCAUGUUGGCCCGGCUGGACUUGAACCCCUGACCUCAGGGAUUCAACCGCCUUCGCCUCCCAAAGUGCUGAGAUUAUAGGUGUGAGCCACUGUACCCGGCCCUUGUAUCCUUUUUCUACUGACCCUUGUGAUCAUAUCAUUUUAUUAGAGAAACCAGGGCGAACUUUCAUCUCAAGAUCCUUAAGUGAUCACAUUUGCAAACUCUUAGCACAUAAACUAACCCAGACUGUGUGGAUGGAAAUAGGGACAUCGGUUGGAAGGACAUGAUUCAUUCUAUCAUAAUUAUCAUACAUUCCGAUAAUGGAUAUUCUAUUAUAUCUUCCUUUCUGGUAUCAUAUUUAUAUGUCUUUUUUCCUUUAUUUCACUGGCUACGUGCCUAAUACUGUGUUCAGUAGAGUAACUUGCUAUAGUCUCAAUCUCUUGAAAUAUUUUCAAAUGUGAAACAUUUAAGUUUUUUUUUCUUUUUUUUGAGACAGAGGUUCGCUCUUGUUACCCAGACUGGAGUGCAAUGGCGCGAUCUCGGCUCACCGCAACCUCCGCCUCCUGGGUUCAGGCAAUUCUCCUGCCUCAGCCUCCCGAGUAGCUGGGAUUACAGGCACGCACCACCAUGCCCAGCUAAUUUCUUGUAUUUUUAGUAGAGACGGGGUUUCACCUUGUUUACCAGGAUGGUCUCGAUCUUUUGACCCCGUGAUCCACCCGCCUCGGCCUCCCAAAGUGCUUGGAUUACAGGCGUGAGCCACCGCGCCCGGCAGGUAGUUCUAUUUUUAAGUUUCUGAGAUCCCGCCCAGGCGGGAGUGGAUUGGCCCGGAUCUGGGCUCACUGCAGCCUCCAACUGAUGGACUCAAGCGAUCCUCCCGCCUCAGCUUCCGGGGUAGCUAGGACCACAGGCGAGCGCCCCUACGACCGCCUUAAAAUUAAUUUUAAUAGCAGAAAUUUUUGUGGAUCUUAUCACCAACCGAGUUUCCCCGCCGGGGCACGAUCUGUUUUCAGGAAACUGAGUUGCUGCAGAGUCCAAGGCAGGUCCCGCCUCCAAACCCGAGGAGCCGGGAAUGAGGCGAAGAGAAGCGCAGUCCCCGCCCAAUCCCGCCGGACCUGGCCUCUCGGCUGCGCGCGCAGUUUCCUGGAGACCCGGAAGCGGAUUACGUGGAGUGACCGUUAUGCUGCGGCGUGAAACUGAGUUGCUCCAGAGUCCAAGGCAGGUCCCGCCUCCAAACCCGAGGAGCCGGGAAUGAGGCGAAGAGAAGCGCAGUCCCCGCCCAAUCCCGCCGGACCUGGCCUCUCGGCUGCGCGCGCAGUUUCCUGGAGACCCGGAAGCGGAUUACGUGGAGUGACCGUUAUGCUGCGGCGUGGACAUUUGACAUUCAGGGAUGUGGCCAUAGAAUUCUCUCAGGAAGAGUGGAAAUGCCUGGAGCUUGCUCAGAGGGCUUUGUACAGGGACGUGAUGCUGGAGAACUACAGGAACCUGGUCUCCCUGGGAAUCUGUCCUUAUGACCUGAGUAUUAUCUCCACGUUGGAGCAAAGUGGAGGUCCCUGGAACCUGCAGAGUGAAGUGAAGAUAGCAAACACUCCAGAUGGCAGGGAGUGCAUCAAAGAGAGCAGCUCUAAAUUGGGAAGCAACACAGGAAACAGAUCUCUUAAAAAGCAACUUGGAUUAAGCUUUCAAUUACAUCUGAGUGUACUGAGGCUAUUUCAAGCUGAAAGGAAUAUUUCUGGAUGUAAACAUGUUGAAAAACGUAUCAACGACAAUUCCUUAGUUUCCCCACUUCAGAACAUUUAUUCUAGUGUCAAACCCCACAUUUUAAAUACAUAUAGAAAUGAUUUUGAUGAGUCUCGGUUACUCCCAGAAGAACAAAAAGCACAAAUGAGGGAAAAACCUUGUGAACGUAAUAAGCAUGGCAAAGUCUUUAGAGUGGCUUCAAGACUUGCUAACCAUCAAGGAAUCCAUACUGCAGAUAACCCUUACAAAUGUAAUGAAUGUGGCAAGGUCUUUAGGAGUAGUUCAAACCUUGUACAACAUCAAAGAAUUCAUACUGGAGAGAAGCCUUACCAGUGUCUUGAAUGCGGCAAGCUCUUCAAUAGAGUUUCACUCCUUGCACGACAUCAGAGAAUCCAUACUGGAGAGAAACCUUACAAAUGUAAUGAGUGUGGCAAAGUCUUCAGUCAAAAUUCCCACCUUGCAAAUCAUCACAGAAUCCAUACUGGAGAGAAACCGUACAAAUGUAAUGAGUGUGGCAAGGUCUUCAGUCGAAAUUCACACCUUUCACGACAUCGGAAAAUUCACAGUGGAGAGAAACCUUACAAAUGUAAUGAAUGUGGCAAAGCAUUUUCAGGGGCUUCAGGCCUUACUGCUCAUCUUGUAAUUCACACUGGAGAGAAACUUUACAAAUGUAAUAAUUGUGGCAGGGUCUUCAGCCAAAAUGCACACCUUACCAGACAUCAAACAAUCCAUACUGGAGAGAAACCUUACGAAUGUAAACAAUGUGGCAAGGUCUUCAGGCAUAAGUUCAGUCUAACAGAUCAUGUUAGAAUUCACACUGGAGAGCAACCUUUCAAAUGUAAUGAAUGUGGCAAAGUCUUCAGUUACAAUUCACGCCUUGCACAACAUCAGAUAAUACAUACAUCAGAGAAACCUUACAAAUGCAGUGACUGUGGCAAGGUAUUUGGUCGACUUUCAUGCCUUACACGACAUCAAAGAGUUCAUAUGGGAGAGAAGCCUUACAGAUGUAAUGAAUGUGGCAAGAUCUUUAGGUGUAAGUUAUUUCUAAGCAACCAUCAGAACAUUCAUACUGGAGAGAAACCUUAUAGAUGUAACCAAUGUGGCAAGGACUUCGCUCGACGUUCAAGCCUUGCAACUCAUCGCAGAAUCCAUGCUGGAGAGAAACCUUAUAAAUGUAGUGAAUGUGGCAAAGCCUUCAGUCAAAAUUCACACCUUGCACGACAUAGGCUUAUUCAUACUGGAGAGAAGCCUUAUAAAUGUAAUGAAUGUGGCAAGGUCUUCAGCCACAAGUUUAACCUAACAAAACAUGAGAGAAUUCAUACUGGAGAGAAACCCUACAGAUGUAACGAAUGUGGUAAGGACUUCACUCGAAAUUCACACCUUGCAAAUCAUUACAGAAUUCAUACUGGAGAGAAGCCUUACAGAUGAAAUGUGUAUUGUAGGAGCUCUGUUUUUGAGACAGAGUUUCACUCUUGUUGCUCAGGCUGGAGUGUAAUGGUGUGAUCUCAGCUCACCUCAACCUCCGCCUCCUGGGUUCAGGCAAUUCUCCUGUCUCAGCCUCCCAAGUAGCUGGGAUUACAAGCGCACACCACCAUGCCCAGCUAAUUUUUGUAUUUUUAGUAGAGACGGCGUUUCACCAUGUUGAGCAGGAUGGUCUUGAUCUCUUGACCUCGUGAUCCACCCGCCUCGACCUCCCAAAGUGCUGGGAUUAUAGGUGUGAGCCACCGCGCCCGACCAACUUUCAUUCUUAACUUUAAAAUCACUUAAUGUGACUUUUUUACAGACCUGUCAUUGUGGUCUCUUGAAAAGAAUCAGUAGGAUGACAGGGUUGACUUUAUUAGCUGAAAAGCAUUUCUAUACAGUUUCCCAAGGAAGAACAACAGUACAUUUUCAGUUCAUUGGAUUUAGCAUGGAGGUCGGCAGGAAUCUUAUGAAACUGUGAUGGCAGUCUGAUGGCAGAUCAUACUGUUGUAUUCAGCACGUUUUUCCUGACUGAAGGGCAUGGUGCUGCUGUGCUCUACCAACUAGCCAUGAAAUACGGCAUAUCUGUAGAAAUCAUGCAGGGGAGAUGGUGGCCAGCCUGGCAACACGGUAAACCCUGUCUCUACCAAAAUACAAAAAAUUAUCUGGGUGUGGUGGCGUGCGCCUGUAGUCGCAGCUACUCGGGAGGCUGAGGCAGGAGAAUUGCCAGAACCUAGGAGGCGGAGUUGCAGUAAGCCGAGAUCGCGCCACUGCACUCCAGACUGGGCGACAGAGCAAAACUGCCUCUCUAAAAAGGAAGUAGUCAUAUUUGAAAUGGACUAGAGAACGGUUAUGUCAGAUUAGAGAAUUUACUAGUGUGCCAUGUUCUUGAGUAGCAUUCACAUUUAAAUGUUGGCAUGAUUUCCAACUGUUGAUUUAGAAUGUACGUAGUUCUCAUGUUUUGGUUAAUAAAGUUAAAAUUUUCCUAAGUA